AUCCCCACCCCACCCCUACCCACCAGGCUCUCCCCCUCGCGCAUACCGGUAGUUGUCAUGGCGAUGGAGUCAGCUCCGGCGUCCGCACCGGGGGUUGUUGCCAUGGAGAUCCCGGUGCGAGGUGCGCUCCCGGUAGUGGAGGAGGACGAGGGCUUCGGAACACUUAAACCGGGGUCCGAGGAGCGACUACGGCACCGCCGGGGAGGAGGCAGACGGAGGUUUGGGUCGCCGUUCAACCGGAGCAGCCACUACAUGCUGGUAGUGAUCGGGGAGAUCGGCACGGAGCUCCAGCUGGACGCAGCCAGAGCGCAGAUAGAGCGGGGAAUCCGAUCCUGGGACGUGGACCUGAAGAGCUGUGACCUUCAUCAGCAGCUGCAGCUGUUUGUCACUCGUCACUCCGCCCACUUCUCCUCGGAGGUCAGAGGACAAAGAACUCUCCACCACAGAAGUGAUGUCCUAGAGACCGUGGUGCUUGUCAACCCUUCAGGAGACACCAUCGUGUCUGAGAUCCAGUCUCUAGUCACAGACUCAGCAGGACACAAGCUCCUGGUCUUGAGUGGUCAGAGCUCAGAUCACGGCGGCCUUCUCCUUCAAACUGGGGUUUUCACCCACCAGACCUUUUCACGUGUCUUUGCUGAUCCUGGGGUCAGUGAAUUAUUGGGCACAGCAGCCCCCAAGCAGCAGGCCACACUUACCGUGUCCUGCCGCGGGGAGGUGGGCUGGAGCUCCCUGGGACAGCAUCAGACCGUGCAGGAGUUCCUGGAAUACAGACUAAACCCUGACCCCGUCCUUCCCAAGAUGGAGGGCGUCACCGAGUUCACAGAGUACAUCUCUGAGACCGUCGACGUCCCUUCACCUUUUGACCUCUUGGAGCCGCCCACCUCUGGGGGCUUCCUGAAACUGUCCAAGCCAUGUUGCUACAUCUUUCCUGGCGGACGUGGAGACUCUGCUCUCUUUGCUGUGAACGGCUUCAACAUCUUGGUAGAUGGAGGCUCUGAACGAAAAUCCUGCUUCUGGAAGCUGGUCCGUCACUUAGACCGCAUUGACUCGAUUCUGCUCACACACAUCGGUGCCGACAAUCUACCAGGUAUCAAUGGGCUGCUGCAGAGGAAGAUAGCAGAGCAGGAGGAGGAGCAGUCUCAAGACUCCACCAAUUAUAACGAAUGGAUGAAGAACCUGAUCUCUCCUGAACUAGGCGUGGUAUUUUUCAAUGUGCCAGAGAAGCUUCGGAUGCCAGAAUCUAAUCUUAAAGUCAAACGCAGCAUUGAAGAGGCCUCUCUGACUUUACAGUACCUUAACAAACUAGGAAUCAAACCAGAACCUCUCUUCCGAGUGGUCAGCAACACUAUUGAGCCUAUUACUCUGUUCCACAAGAUGGGAGUGGGCAGGUUAGACAUGUUUAUUCUCAACCCAGUCAAAGACAGCAAAGAGAUGCAGUUCUUAAUGCAGAAGUGGGCAGGCAACAGCAAGGCCAAAACUGGUAUUGUGCUGCCAAACGGAAAAGAAGGAGAAAUAUCUGUUCCUUACCUGACUUCAGUUACAGCUCUGGUCGUCUGGCUUCCUGCCAGCCCUACAGAAAAGAUCAUCCGAGUGCUUUUCCCUGGGAAUGCGCCACAAAACAAGAUCCUGGAGGGCCUAGAAAAAUUAAAGCACCUUGACUACUUGCGCUAUCCUGUAGCCACACAAAAGGACAUUGCCUCAGGAGCCCCUCCCUCUGUUAUAAAACAAACCAAAUUAAAGCAAAGGACAGACAGCAAAGAGAGUCUCAGGUCGUCUCCCAAGACUACUGCAAAGGCCUCAAAGAAAGAGACUGAAGGGCAGGAUGACGUGUCGGCUGCCACAGAGGCAAAGAGCGACUCUGUUAAGGAAAACAUAUCAGAGAAAACCGAGCCCAAAAAGCCAACGAAAACCAUCAAAUCUAAAAGUGAUGUGCCAGAAAAGAAAAAACUCUUAAAAGAAAAAACCUUAAAAAAGCACUCGAAGGAAAGAGUGUCGAAGAUAGACGAGAAAAAGGACAAGGAGAAGAAAGAGAUCAAGAGAGUGAAGAAAGAUGACUCUGCGAAAAAAGAUGAAAAGAAAGAUGGAAAGUCCAAAGAGGACAAGAAGAAAGAUGGCUCCAAACCUGAGCUGAGGAAGAUUACAAAGCCUGACCUAAAACCUCUUACACCAGAAGUCAGAAAGACAUUACAUAAAGCUAAAGUGUCCAGUAAAGCCAAGACUUCAAAAGUCAAAGCCACUAAAGCUGAACCUGCUGAGACCAAGAAAGUAGAGCCAAAACCUGAAACUAUCCAACCUGAACCCAUCCAGAACGGAGCUGUUGAGGGCAUAUCUGCUCCCUCAACUCCAGAAGACCUCACCAAGGAGUUUGAAGACAUGAAGCAAGCUGACACUGUAGCGGUAACAGCUGAGCCCUCUGACAGUGCAGAGGUUUCACAGGAGCCGACAUCACAAAGCCUUAUCCAAGAGAAACAAGAAGCACAAGAACCUGGAUCUGAAAUCCCACCCGGCACAAAGUCUCCAGAAAAAGAGGCAGCUGCCCCAGAAGUAGAACCUGAAGCUGAAGAGAAAGACAAAGACUCGACACAAGAGAAAGAAGACGAGGCUCAAAAGUUUGAGGACGAGGGAGCGGCAUCUCAGGAUGAGGAGGAGAAAGAGGAAGAGGCCCCAGCAGCUGAAAAGAAAAUAAUGCAAGAGGAGGAAGAAGAUAUGGGAAUUGGUGAGGAGGAAGAUGAGUCAAAAUGGAAGGAGAUGCCGGACGACGGUCUCGAUAGGAAGCAUGAAAUAGAAGAAAUGGAGAAAUCAGAAAAUCUCACUGCUAAGUUUAUGACUAAAGAAGAGCUACAAAUGGAGGAGGAGGAAGAGGAGGAUGAGGCAGUAGAGAAAGCUGAACUGGAGGAGGUAGAAGAUUUAGACGUAAUAGCAGAUGAAGAGAUCAAAAUCAAACCUGAAGACAUAGCUGAGGAACAAAUGGCCUCUGACACUCUGACUGCAGCCAAAGAAGAAGAAGAAGAAGAGGAGGAGGAGGAGGGCUACCUGUCACAUGUUGGAGGGGCCACAGCUCCAAUAACCUCAGUGGUUCAAGGCGCAGCAGCAGCUGAACCAAUCUCCUACAUCCAGGACGAGACCAUCCCCGGCUACUCUGAGACUGAGCAGACCAUCUCUGACGAGGAGAUCCACGAGGAGGCAGAAGAAAGGAUACCUCACCUCCAGUACGAUGUUGGUACUUACGACAUAUCUGUUCCAGAUCAGACUGGAUCAUUCGUGAACAUACACGGCAUGAAGGAGAUGCAAGCUGCGGCCAUGACAGAGAAAUGCUUUAUUCCAGGUGUGCAGGAGCAAGUAUCAGUGUUCACGAACAUCAUCACGGCUCCUCUGGCAGAAGAGGAGCAUGUGUCUUCUGCAACAUCCAUCACAGAGUAUGACAAAAUAUCCUCCUUCCCUACGUCUAUCGCUGAAGAUCAAUCCGUGGCGUCUGCCCAAGCGCCUUCAGCUGAAGAACCACCUAAAAGCCCGACUCCCCUGUCGAUUCCGUCAGACCAGGGCAAAGAGCAGCCACUCUCUGCUGGAACUCUUUCACCACCUUCCUUAGAGGAUGACAAACAGUCCAAAUCUCCAUCGGAUGACUUAACACUUCCCGUUUCUGAAAUCAAGAUGGCCGACAAAGCACCUCAUGCUCGUGAUGAGGAAGAGGAAGAGGAAGAAGAGGAGGAGGAGGAUGAGGACCAAACUCCUAAUGUUGACAUCUCACUUGAGAAGCUCCAAGAAGGCUAUGCGUCAUUACAGGAGAAAGAGAAGGAAACUGAACCACUGGCUGCCUCGGUGCCUCCAGCUUCAGCAUCCGUGCAAGACAGUAAACAAAUCCACCUGCCGGUUGAAGAGGAAAAUAAAGACGCAGUCGCACCCAAAGAGGUUUCUUCUGUUGUGCCUACGAGACCUUUUGGAUCUGACUCAAUAACGUCAGAGAGUGAGGAGCGCUGCUUCAGCCCAGAUGAUAUCACUGUGAAAAUGGCCUCCCCUCCACAUUCCGGACCACCGAGUGCUACUCACUCUCCUCUUCGUCAGUCACCAGUGGAAGACAAGGUGAAGGCCUCUUCUACUGAUGAGUUACAAAAGCAAGAGGAGCUCCUUGAUGUAGUCACAGCAACUGAAGACAAGAGUGCAAAGAAAGAUGAAGCUGAACCGGAGAUGCAGAAAGAUGAUGGUAAACAAAUCACAGAUCAGCAUCAAGUACAAGUUGAAACAUCUUUGGACAAACCACUUGACAUGAAGGAGAUUUCAGCUCCAAAGGAGCCAGAAAAAGAGACUUUAGUUGGAGCUAAAGAUGAAGACAAACAGGCAGAAUCAGUCCCUGCUGCUGCUCCAUCUUCUGCAGAGGUUCAACAACCCGUGUCGGAGCAGGAUUCCCUCCUGUCACCUGGACAAAGUGAUGAGGUGUUAGGCACAGAGCUCACAGAGAAAGAACCUAAAGUGCCUCUUCAAGGUAAAUUUCCAGAGAAGGAAAGUGGUUUCCUUGAUGGUGAUGAUAAUGAGGAAGGGGAUGAUGAUGACCAUGAUGAUAAAUCUGAAGUUAAAACCAUCAAGGCGGAACAAGAGGAAGAAAAAGAUGACACCGCUGAUGUCAUAAAAACAAAGGAUGAGCAGAAACAGGAAUCUGUCAUCCAGGAACACAUUUCUGCUGUUGAGUCCACCACGGCUGAGAGAGCAGAGAAGGAAGCAGUGAAGGAGGAUAUCUCUGAUGUAAAACCUUUACAAGAGGAAAAGACUGAAAAAGAAAUGAUGAAAGAUGGAGAGACAGUGCCUAAAAGUCCUGAAGAUGCAGAGGUUGUUGCUUCUGAGGUCAAACCAAUCAAAGACGAGCAGGAGCAGAAAGAUACAAAAACAGACGACAAACUUGUCCCUGAGACCAAAGAUGAGGUCAAAGAGGCAGAGGGUAAAGUGGAAGAAGUGUCUGAUAGUAAGAUUUUGAAAGAGGAGGAGAAGAAGAGUGAUACCGUUGAUAUGAGCUCCAUCAAAACUGCUGAAACAGAGCCUGAAAAAGUCCAAACCACCGAGCCUCUAAAAGAUGAAAAGAAAGAGGAGGCAAAGAGGGAUGACAUGCUGGUUGUUGAGUCUACCAAAGAUGAGAAGAAAGAGAUGGAAACAUCAGAUAUCAAAGAGAUGGAUGUUAAGAAAGAAGACAAAGAGAUUGAAAAGAAAGAUGUUUCGAAAACUGAGCCCGUUACAGAUAAGCCCAGUGAAAAAGAGGAGAUGGAUGACAUCACCGCUGCCAAACCCAUCAAAGAAGAAGAAGUGAUUAGUAAGGUUGAUUCGUCUGCUGUCACCAUGACAGAGGAAAAAGAGAAAGAGACAUGUAAAGAUACUAUCUCAACCACCAGCCUCACCAAGACCGAGGAAAUUCAAGCAACAGUGAGUAAGGAUGAGAGUGUUUCUCCCAAGCCAUCCACAGAGCAAGAACAAGAGAAGGAGACGAGAAAAGAUGAUAGCUCUGAGACAAAAAUCUCCAAGGACCAAGACGAAGAUGUGACACCGAGCAAGGAUGACGCUCAAGUCCUUAAACCUGCAACAGAAGAAGAAAAGAUGGAUGAUACGAGUAAAGAUGAUGCUACAGCCAAGACGCAGGAAAAAGAUCAACAGCCGGGUAAGGAAGAUACUUCUUCUGUUAAAGCAACAGCUGAAGAAGAAAAGAAACAAGAGGACAGUAAAGAUGAUAAAAAAGAUCAACAACCAAGUCAGGAAGAUACUUCUUCUGUUAGAGCAACAGCAGAAGAACAGAAGAAACAAGAGGAAAGUAAAGAAGAUACAAAAGAUCAACCCCUGAGUAAGGAAGAUACUUCUCCUGUUAAAGCAACAGCAGAAGAACAGAAGAAACAAGAGGAAAGUAAAGAAGAUACAAAAGAUCAACCCCCGAGUGAGGAAGAUACUUCUCCUGUUAAAGCAACAGUUGGAGAAGAAAAGGAGCAAGAGGAAAGUAAAGAUGACACUAAAGAAGUCAAACUUACCAGUGUGGAGGAUGUGGUAGUAAGUAAAGAUGAGGAUUCCUCUGACACGUCAAUGAAAGUAGACAUCCUUAAAGACACUGUCAAACCAGUCAUGGAACAAGAAAAGACGCAAGAAACCAUUAGAGAUAAAGACGUCAAAACCACCAAGGCUGAGGACGAGGCUGUGAUAAUGAGGGAAGAUACUUCUCCCGUCAAGAUAUCCCAGGAUGAACUGAGCCCAAAGGAAGACACUUUCAUUGCCGAACCUGCCACAAAAGAAGAAGAAAAGGAGAAGGAAGUCAGUAAAGACACUUUGGAUGUUAAAAUGCCAGUAGAAGAAAAGGAGGGAGCUGAUGAUGAGGAGGAAACUAUAACAGUGAAAUCUUCCAAGGAGGAGGAAGUGUCUGCUCAGGAGCGGAGUGACACACCUGAAACUGUCAAAGAAGAAAAAGAUUCUGAUGAAAUUUCUGAUAUCACACCUACCAAGGAGGAGGAGGAGAGCAAAGAGAAAGACGGUGAAAAACCUGUUGCACAUGAGGAUAAGAAGGAAGAUAUUAAAGACAUGAAAUCUGAUGAAAAACUCAUAAAGGAGGAGACAAAAGAAAUCUCAAAAGAGGACGUUAAGGUCAAAGAGGAAGCACCAGACACAGAAAAAGAAAAGAGUGAUAUUUCUGAUGGUAAAGAGCAAAUGAAGGGUGAUGUAUCUGACCAUAAACCAACUUUCGAGGAAAUUAAGGAUAAAGAUGCUGAAAAAGGAGCUGCAGAGACGAAGAAAGAAACAGACUCAAGUGUUGGGCAUCCAAAGGAUGAGAAAGAGUUGUCUGAAGUUACAACCAUACAAGAUGUUGUCCAACAGGGCAGCUGUGACGCUGAAUCCAGCAAACAGGAGACACACUCUCCAACAUUUAGCACCAAAGACGAGCAAAAAGGGACAGACGAUUAUCCUUCUGAGACUGAUUCUAAGACGGCUGAUAAAAAGGAGGUGGAUUCUUCCGUGUGUCAGACCGUAGAAGAGAAGGAAACUAAAAAGGAUGAUAUUUGUGACUCUGGUGAUAAGCAUAUACAUGAAGAAAGCUCUGAUAUGCUUAAAGGGUCUCAGAUAGAGAAGGAAACUUCUGGUGCUCCAUCAAAAGAAAUGCAGCCAGACAUUUCUGUAAGCACAUCAAGUGAGUCCCUGAAAGCAGGGAAAGAUGACAUUUGUGUGUCUCCGAGCCAAAUACAGACAGAGGAAAAAGAACAAGACAAAGAAGCAAAGGCCAUCAUAAGUCAGGAAGAGAAGAUGGAGAAAGAAAAAGAUGAUACACAUGUUGCUGAACUGAGCAAAGAACAGAAGAUGGAAAAGGAACAAGAGAAAGAUUACACCUAUGAAGACAUUAAAGAUGAAAAGACAAAACCAGAAGAGGACAAGAUGAUUAAAGAAAAGGAUGUUGCUGCUGAUGUGAAGAAGGAUGAGAUCACUGAGAAGGAAAAGUACGACUCCUCCGAUGCGGACCACACCAAAGAGGAGAAAUGGGAGCGAGAGGAGUUACAAGAGAAAGAGCAGGACAAAACAAUGAAGCAGCCUGCUAAAGCUGCAGAAGAAGAAGGAGCGGCGUCAAAGUCAGAGAUCAAACCCACAUUUGUGGUCCAGUCCUCUGAUGAAGACAGGGAGGAUGAAGAAGAGGAGGACAUUUGUAUGGGAGGAGCAGGCUCCAGACCUUUGUCAGUGGAGCCCAAAAAAACAGAACAUGACAGUUCACCUCCACAACAGACGAGUGACCAAACCAAACCACCAGUGACACAAAAGAUCACGGUUAUAAUACCAACACUUACAAUGCAGGAGCCCUCCAUUGAUGAAGACAUCAGAGAGUAUGAGAGAGAAGAAUCCGGACAUUCACUAGAAGCAGGCAAAGGUGUGAAAACAGAAAUCACACCUGCACCUCUCGCCAAGCCAGAGCCCUCCUUUGAUAUUGUCACAUCAAAGGAGGAGGCGUCCUCUGUUCCAAAACAAGAAACAGCCUCUGAUUUUCCCGCAGCUAAAACAGAACUAAUGUCAGACUCGACUGAGAAAAAGCCUGUGCUGUCAACAGUAUCGAGCACCGACAGCCAACAGAGGAGCAGCACACUUUCAAGCACAGAGAGCCAGUCCAGUGUGGAGGAAACACCACAACAAGAGAAACAGAUACCGUCUGUUGUCAGUGCUACAGACAAGACGAAGCUGGAUGAGAAAGCAGUAAAGGAAGCAGAGAGGGAGAUGGAGGGAGAGCGAGAGGUUGCUUCUCCAGGAUUAACACAGCCUUGUUCUUAUUUCAUGUUGGACAAAGAGUCCAAGGAGGCCGGCCUUCCUGAAGAUGUGAAAUCUGACGCUGAAAAAGUGGCCACAGAGAAGGAAACUGUGAGUGAAAGCCUUGAAGACGAAAAGCCGACCUUUGCUGCAUCCAAGUAUGAUCCGUAUGAAAAGCCCAUUCCGAAGGAUCAUGACUUGGACUCCAGAGAAGAAAGCGAAGUCCCUCAAGGUUUUGAUCACACCUCUGAUAUGGGUAUCGAUGACAACAGAAGAGCAAGCCAGGCAGAGGCCGGAGCAGCCAUGUUCCUCCUGGAUGAUCAGUACAAAGAAGAGCCCCUGUCCUUCAGUAGAGUGGACUACAGUGCAGCGUCCCUCACAGAAAGCGAAAGAAGCAGCCACCACAGCCCAAGUGCCUCACCUCAACAUGAAGACAGAGAGAAAGGCCAGGAGGAGGAGAGUGAAAGAGAGGAACGACCAGAAGCACCUUAUGUUGACAAGAGCUUUUCAGCCAUAGAGGUCCAAGAUAACAAAAUGUCUCAGGCUGCUGCUGAGUCAUAUUCUUUUAGCCCCAAAGAGGACAAACCUGAAAAAACUGAGAAAGAGAAGGAGGAUAUGAUGGGAGGUGCUACUUCAUCAGAUGCCACAGAAGAAAGUGAUAAUCUUGGCGCCUGUGCUGCUGUACCAUCCGCGGGCACAUCAUUAAGACAGGAAACAACCUCUCCGUCAUGGAGUCAACCAGAUCUUGGUCCCCAAGCUUCAGCCACUCCUGCAGCUUUUGGAGAGCUGUCAGAUAAGAGAACAGAAAAGGAGAAGGAGAAAUCUGCUGAGUCACUCAAAGACAAAAUGGAGUCCUCUGAUUACGAAAGAGAGGGAUCCCCGUCUGGUCGGCGUUCACCUGCAGAGAAAGAUUUCUUACCUCAGAAAGUGUCUCCAUCAAAGACAGAGGAAACUUCAAGUGUCUUAAGGACUGCGUCUGCAGCCACAUAUUCAGGACAUGUAGUAGACGAUAAUGUUUUAGCAUCGGACAAUAGCCAAACUAGCAGCUCUGCCGCUUCUAAAUCAGUGCUAGAUUAUCCUGAAGGAAAAGAGAGCCUGAUAGAUAAAAGGUUACUCGUAGAGGGAGAAGAUUUCGAUGACGAUGAUGAUGAAGAUGAGGAAGAGGAAGAAGAGGAGGUGUCCAGUGAUGUUGAUGUGGAAAAGGGUGCCAGGGAACAGUCUGAAAAAGAAAUGUGCAGACGUGGCUCUGACGACAGCGCUACGGUAGCAGAGGACCCAAAUAAAAAGUCACAGGUGCCUGAAUCGAGCGUCCAAAAAGAGGACGCAGUCUGUAAACCAACGCCCGAUGAAGCCUCUGCUUCAAAAGUAACACCCACAGACAAGCAGGACCUGAGCAAAAAGGCACCGUCUCCUGAACCAAAGCCGCUCAAGGACGAUGAUUUGGGUCUCAGUGGUGCCUCAUGCAAACCUGCUGAGACAAAGGGUGAAAAUGACGGUAAAACAACAUCCAUACCAGACCCAAGUGCCCACAAAGUGGAUGGAAGCUGCUCAUCAGAUGUCCCAAAGCCUCCUGAAAGAGAGAAAGCAGAGGACACUGACAAAAAUAAGUUGUCUCCUGGGUUUAGUACAAAGAGGAGGUUGUCAUCAGCAGAAGACUUUCCCUCCAUGGACGUACUACAGUCAAAAAAAGCAGAUGAAGACAAACUGCCUCAGUCACCUGGCUUUCUGACAAAGGAAUCUUCUCAAGCAUCAUCUUCAAGCUGCUUUGCAGGAAUCUCUUCGCCACCUGACAAGUCAGAGCCUCUGCCCAAGGAUACAUCUAGUUCCUUCCCUCCGUUUGGAAGUAGCUAUGCAGAUAUCGGACAGAGCAAACCUGGAGGUCACUCUGAGCAUUUAGACCAAGAAAAGAGUCAAGCAGGGUUGAAAGAGGGAACCCUUGUACUCUCAGUUUCCUCCCACCUACCCCAACCUAGCGAUGAUAAAUCAGCCAGCCAAAAGGACAUGAAAAAAGAAAGUCAGGAUGAGAAGCAGACAACAGGCACCACAGACAAACCCGGUGGAGCCACCUCCCCUUGCACUUACACUACUUUAACAUAUUCCACUACAACCUACUCCUCCACAUCGUACAGUUUCUCAUCCUCAGCCCCAACAUCUUCCCCCUCCAGCCAACAACUUCUGGACAAAGUCAAAACUUUCCCAACAAUAUCAAGUUCUGAGGUACCCCUUGCAAAAGAGGAGCCAUCAUUCAGGACAGAGUCGAGCUCCUGCUUUGGUGGAUUUCACAGAGAAGAGUACAUGGAGGUGACCACAAAACCUGCUACAAAAGUGCCCGGCCUAUUUGAAGAGACCAAACCGUUUUCCACAGGUUUGUCUACAACUGCAAAGCAGACUGAGGAUAAAAGCAGUCCUCCAAAGUCUGACAAGGACACAAAGUCCAGCACUGAUAGUUUUUAUAUGUUAGAGACCAAGACUACAACAGCCUCUGCAGCACCAUCUGUACAAAGUGUGGAUCCAGUAAAGGUAUCAGAGAGUCUAUCAACAUCGAGGGCUUCUUUUGAUGUCGCUCCCCUCCAAAGGGCUGACUCCUCUGAAAGGGCGUGCCAAGGGUCAGCUCAAGACGAGGGGCCUGAUACACUUGAAAUGGACAGCACUCUACCAUGUCGUAUUGAAUGUCAAAAAAUCAAAGUGGCUGAGCAAGAAGAUACUUUAUCAACUUUAACUGAGGCCUGUCUGGUGGAGAGUAGCACACAUUCCACUGAGACUACCACCAUCACCUCAACCACUGAUGUGUCUAAACCAACUCAACAGGCAGUGUCAAUUACUUCACUGUGUGAAAGUAAAGUUAGCAAAACCUUGUGUGCCACAACAGACUUGUCCAAAACAGAGGAGGAUGGAGAGAAAAAGGAGAAAACAGCAGAGGAAAAGGAGGACAAGAAAGAUGCAAAGGUAUCAGAAAUGGAAAAGAAAGAAACAGAGGGAAAGACAGAAACAGCUAAAGACGAAGUCAAGCUUAAAACAGAAGACAAGGCGUGUAAAGAAAGUAUAGCAUCUGAUCCAAAGAUGUGUACAAAAGUAGAAGAUGUUAAAAAAGAAAAGGCGGAAAGAUUGGUGGAGAAAAGCUUGUUGGAAACGCCACCAGAGAAGUUAGGGAUGAGGAGAAGGAGCAGCAUUUCUGAUUGGGAGCUCCUACAAAAGCCUGAUGACUACCCAAGUGCCCCUCCUACAGGUUAUGGUGAUGACGAUGACGAGGAGGUGGAGGAGGAAGCAAUGGAGUGGGUGUCCAGUAUCCACAGCACCUCUCUGUCCUCCUCAAAAGAUACCAGUCACAAAGAAACUUCUAGCAAAAAAUCUGAAAAGACUGAUCGCCCCUCUGACCUGAACACCGGGGCCACCUCCUCCUCUGCCUCUCAUUCUGGCUUCUCGUCCUGCGAAUACAAGCAUCGCAAAGGAGAGCUGUCGCCAUCGUUCAUCAACCCGAGCCCUCACCUGCUCUCCAGUGACGAGGGCGAGGAGGAUGGCCAGAGUGACCGCUCCCAAGAAGGGGACGAGGAUGAUCAGGAGCAACACUCAGUGAAGAGGAGGUCCCACAAGCAGAGGCGCCAUCAUGCUCAGAGUCAACCUGGAGACUCUGGACAGGGGCAACAACAGCUGCCUGGCAGCAUGUCUUCUGGAUUAACUGUAACAUUAGCCGGAGAGGAAACACCUCCGACAUCAGUGAGUGAGUCAUUACCUACGCAGUCUGACUCCGACGUACCGCCAGAAACCGAGGAAUGUCCGUCCAUAACAGCCGAAGGAAAUCUAGACUCGGACGAAGACGCUGAACAUCUGCCGGUGGACAAAUUAUCUGCAUCUGGAGCUUCAGGAGGACAUCAACCUUCAUCACCAAGAUCAGCUCAGAAGACUCACGAUCCCCUCCCCACCCCAAUGAAGGACCCUCACCCUCACCCUCCCCACCCAGAUGUGUGCAUGGUGGAUCCGGAGGCUCUUCUCAAUGACCACAGCAGCACAGAGAAACUUCCCAAGAAGGAGCAUAAGACCACAAAGGGCCUUAGGAAGGGUAAACCCAAGUCAGCUUCCCCAGCUCGGAAGAACGAAGUCAGGAAGAGGUCCUAUACUCCAGUGAAGCAGACUUCCAAGGACUCUGCCUCGCCUCGAUCAGCCUCCCUCAGGAGGAGGGACACAGAGAAAAGCUCCAGGAUGAACAAGAUGUCUGAAACCCACAGCGUUAGGAGUGACAUGGGAGGGAAGGGCUUGGUCAAUGGAGUCAAGAGUAGCGCAGUCAACAAUUCUCAGAAAACAAGCUCAGCUGUCCCCCCUGGACCACCCGUCUAUGUCGACUUGGCUUACGUGCCAAACCACUGCAGUGCAAAGAACGUGGACCAGGAGUUUUUCAAGAGAGUUCGUGCCGCAUACUAUGUGGUGAGCGGGAACGACCCAGGCAGCGGGGAACCUAGUCGUGGAGUCUUGGAUGCCCUGCUUGAAGGCAAAGCUCAGUGGGGCUCCAAUUUACAGGUGACUCUUAUCCCCACCCACGACACAGAGGUGACCCGGGAAUGGUACCAGCAGACCCACGAGAAGCAGCAAGACCUGAACAUCAUGGUUCUGGCCUCCAGCAGCACCGUAGUCAUGCAGGACGAGUCCUUCCCAGCCUGCAAGAUCGAAUUCUGAGCUUCAGGAGCCACGCUGUGCUCCCUUACGGCUCCCCUCCCCAUCCUGUCAUCUGUCCUCACUGGAAGUCGGGCGAGAGCGAACAUCACACUCUGCUCCAUCAAAGCUUCUCGCUCGCUCAUGGUAUCAGUCUCAAAUGCAUUUGCUGCAGCUCUUAAUACACUAGAUCAUGUUAGCUGAAAUCAAAUCAGAACUCUGGGUUUGUGCUCUGUGUGACAGUCAGGGGUUAUUUUGCUAAUAAUAACCUUCUUUUAUGUUUGUGUUUUCUGUGUGAACUGUCUGCCCUAAUGCACUCACCAAGUGCGCUGAAAAGAUCAUUUAAAUAACAUAAUCACUGUUAAGAGCUUUCUUUGCCUCAUUAGUUUUGAACAGAAAUACAAAGUAACUACAGAUUGGUAAAGUGUAGUUCUGAAAAUGUCACCUACAGUUGUGGUUAAAUCUGGAAUGUGAUGAUCCCCCAAAGGCACAUUUCUUGUUCAGAAGUCAGAAACAAGUGCCAAAACACUUAAAGAAAAAAACACAUAUUUCUCCAAAAUGUCUCCAAGAUGAAUCAAUGAUGGAUCAUUUCUUUUGACAGUGUUUAUAAGAGUAGAAAUGUUUCAUAUGUUUCUCCAUGUGGAGCUUCUUUUCCAUCGGUGCACAUGGCAAAACUCAUCCAUUGCACUUUUGAUCAUGCAACUGUAGUUUUGGAGUAAAACAGUAGAGAAGAAAAACGAUAUAACGUGAGAAAAAAAGAAAAAUAUGUUACUUCUUGUCAUUUUGUGAUGAAGUUUUAGGGGGUGCCUGAAGUUGCCACUGUUUGGAAUCUCUCUCUUUUGGCUUUCACAGCUUUGCUGGUGCAUGAUGCUUGCAUUUUAGCUCAGACUCUGUCAGAAAUGCGUAGGGUUAAUACUUUCUUUAGCCAGCCUUCAAGUGUGGAAUGCAGUAUAGUGCAGAUAGAUACUACACUGUUUGGCUGUCUACGCUCAAGUGAAUUCAAUAAGCGCCGGGCAAAGGGACGAUGUUUGCACAAUAAUCAUAUCUCUGCUGGAUGUAACGGUUCCUCUUCAAGUCUUUAUCACGGUCUUUGUUGGUUGUAUGUACUCCAGUAUACAUAUAGGGUAAAUGUUUCUACAUGGAUACAAAGGUUUUGUUGAAAAUUAUAUAUUUUGUGCAGCAAAUUAUUAUCCUGAAGCGAAAGUUUUGGAGAAGAAGGUUUAACUUUUUGUCAUUUCCUCCUGUUCAGCUACAUCUUACUGUCUGUCGAUAUCAUAAAGCGAUGGAACAAACAAGCAGCGACCUGUGACAAAUGUAGCAACGGAAGCUUGACUGCUAGUCCCCUUCAGAGGGAACACUAACGCCAGUGUGAACUGCAAUAUUUAUAUUUAUUGAUGAGGUUGUUUUAUAGGGACAGAAAAAAAUUCUGGAGUGUGUAACAGGAGGCUUCUUUCACGUGCCUUUAGCUUGUGGUUUUUGGAGGAAGGGAGCUAUUUUGUCAGCCAUUUUGAAGCAAAGCCAGGGUAAAAAAAAAAAAAGAAACCAAACUUUGAAACCGAGGACCAAUCAGCUCAUUCAGUACAUGCACAAACCUUGUCCACAACCAGGAUACUCUCAAAUAGUACGCUUACGAAAUACAAACUUUGGUAUUAGCUUCAGAGCUCUAUGAUUCCACAUUGUGAAACGCCACUUUCAAACCAAUAUGAAUGUCUUUGAGCAAAGUAUUGCACCAAAUAGGAAUGUACUUUUAAGAAGUGCAAGGGUUUAAAAGUUGGGUUUUUGUUUGUAGGUGAGAGUAAGAGUAGCAGCAGAGAAUAACUUGUAUAAAAAUAUGCAUAUAUAUAAAUAUAAAAAUGUACAAAAGGUUCCUCCAAACUGAGAUAUUUAAUAUAAAGCAAUUACGGUAUCUUAAUCCCAGAGUUCUAUAUGCGUAGAGCAUGAAUGUGAAUGGUUUUGAGUGUACUGGAAGAAGUUAGAAAGUAGGAAUGACCAUGAAGUAGUGUUUGUGUUGGUGAGUUGAUGAUGCACAGACUAAAGGGUUUUAUAGAGCAGCAUGGUAACUGAGUGAGAUUUACUUGGGUUUAGCGUGAAAGGUGUUUUUGCGAGCUCACAUACAGACUAGAGAGAAGCUUAAAUAUGAACAUGUCAAAUUUAAACACAUGGCCAACUUUUAUUCCUGCGUUUAUAUUUUCAUUUCUAGAGUCAGAAAUGUUUAUCUGCUAUCCUUUCAGGGUUUAAUUUAUGCUGAAAAGCAAAUGCAAUUAUGAUUUAACUUUGUUUUGGUCGACAUGAGAAGCCCAUAUAUGUGAGAUGGUUCAUAAAAAGCUAGCUAUUUAUCUUCUGUUUUUUUUUUAUUUGAAGCUCGGGGACAGACUGAACGGGGAGGCUUGGAUUUCCAGAAAGUACUUUGUGUGAACUGUUGAUGACAGAUUGAUAUGAUACAUUGACACAUUAUGAGAAGGGUAGAUCAUCUGAUUGCACACAUCAUGUUCACUCAACUCUAUUCUCCACAUUUAAUGAAAAUAUGAAAAUCGUCCACAGUAUGAGGCCAGCUUGUUCCAGCUCCUGACCCUUACUGCUCAUCUUCAAAAGCCUCCAUGCUCAUUGCAGCCUCCGGCCUCCCUCAGCUUCAAAUCAAAGAUUUACAAGGUUGCCACUGAAUGUAAUUAUUUUUCUAAACAUUAUAUUUUCCCAUUAUGCACUGUUUAAGAGGCAGACAUAGCUUUUUUUAAUCCCACUUGGGAAGAGUCUGAUGCAGGGUGUUUAUUAAACAGCUGGGAACGCACAAGUACACACACCCUUGUCUGAAGGGGAGUUUAUUAAUUGAAGGCCAGAUCACAACGUGCACAAGAUCAAAUCGACUCCCUUUUAAACAGUUCAUGAGUGUUGUGAACCGAUCUAUUCAACAAAGUCUUUAUCAGCCCCUUCUUUGACGCUGUCUGGUAAUGUGUCCAAAAGACAGGGAGAAGCUUUUUCAGUGUGGAUCAGAUUUUGUGGAUGGUCUGAUAUGUUGUAUACUGUCUUUGAAUAAUGUUUUUAAGUUGGCAGAUUCCAAAUAUCAGGCCUUGAGAUUGUAUUUUUUGAGGCACGAGUAGAACGCUGUGAAUCGCUCAAUACCGAACUGUGUGGCUCCACACAGGCUGAAUGCACUAUACAGGAGAUCUAUUUUUCUGAAUGUAGAGUUGGUACUACAUGUGAAUGCUGCUGGAACAAAACAAGUGACAAAAAUGAAUAAAUAAAUAUAAAAAAAAAACAAACAUCAACUCACACCAACCUAGACAGAUCGAAACCUUAGGGAGCAACGUGAGGCAGGGCGGACUCUGAUGUCUGUUUUGACUAAUUGUCAUUUCAGUGACAGUCUGCCCUCGAGGAGGAGACAAGUUUGACUUUUAUGAAGUCAGAGCGCAACAGAGAACCCACAACAAACUAACAGUAACAAAACAGAACCAACUGCAGCUGCAACUUUUCCUGAAGAUGACUUGAAACACAUGCAGACUCAAAAACCAUCAGUGAAACUUAACAGAAGCUGCACGUGCGUUAACGUACGCUGCACAGAUUUGUAAAUAUCGCUCCGGAAAGAACAAACCAGAAAGAAACAGCAAACUAUCCUUUCUUGUGAUACCUGUUCAUUUUAGAUGAUUUUAGUGACAGAACGAUACAAACUGCUAACUAAUCCUGGAACCAAGAAAACUACACAAACUGCUGACAAGAUACAGAACGAAAAAAAAAAAAAAAGUGCAUCUUUCAGUUGAAAUCCAUCGCCAUACCUGCAUUUAAACGACCAUAUCAUUUGAUCACAAUAUGGUGUCAUCUGUCCAUCUAAUCUAUCUGCAUGUGAUUUAUUUAGUUAUAAUCCUGAAUGUAAUUGUUUAACAUGGAAAUAAUAAUAAUAAUAAUGAUAAUAAUAAAAGAUACAAUGCUAUUUUAAAGAGAUAUAUUUGAAAAAAAAAAAAAGCUAACUGUCUUAACUGGUACUGAAAUGACCUACAGUAAUAUAAUACUGGGCUGUGCUUUUAUUGUUUGCCCUAUUAACAUGUUGUUAAGAAGACGCUGUAUUGGUAGUUCUGUUUGAUUCUCUCUCUCUCUCUCUCUCUCUCUCUCUCUCUCUCUCUUCUCUCUUCUCUCUCUUUUGCAUUGUAUUAAUCUUAGUUAUGUUUUUCUUCCUCAGUGCAAUAUUCAAUAUCUCUCUGUCUCUUUAGAUCUAACUGGUAAAACUAGAACUACUGCAGAUUCAUUGUAAAAGGGAAACAGCCUGGUGAUCAUCAAUUAAACUACAUUGAAAUCUAAA